UAAUGAAUAAUCCUCGUCCAUCAUAACUUCCUGCUCAGAAGGCAACACCAUCAUAAUUGCCUCCUACUACUUAAUAAUAGGUUCCAGAAACAUAUUUGGCAUAACCAAGUUGGGUUCCUGCAAGUUCUUAAAUUCAACCAGGAGUAUUGGGCUAACCAAUUCCACUUUAACAAACAGGAUUAAUUUCAAAUCCAUAAUAUUUGUAGUAGCCAAUGUAUGCUUAAUAACAAUUGAUUCAAUCAAGUGCACCAGUUGUUACAUAAGGAAAUGUAAUCCUUAAAUAAUAAUCAAAUAGGCAAUUAAAGGUGAAUCUCGCAUAGAAUAUAUUCCGUACACAAAAGAGGUUACUGAGUAUGUGACAUAAGAGGUGGUUGAAUAUGUACCAAGAGAGAGAAAAAUUACUGACUAUUAUGCAGUGGAAUAUGUGACUGAACACAUUCCUUAAGUAAUAUAAGAAAAAUAUAUCGGUAAUUGAUUGUGUUUAUGAUUUGUACAGAGUAUGUGCCAGUUGAAACAAUAAAAGAGAGAACAGAGUACCAAGCAGUGACAAAACAAAGUGUCAUCUAAACACCAAUUGAUUAUUAAUAAAUCCAGACAACUUAAUAAUAUUAAGGUAAAUAAAUUUUAUUUAAAUUAAUUUUAGUAGCUGCCCCAAUUCAAUAUGCCUAAACCUAGACCUAUACAUAACCAAUUCAAUAUGCUUAAACAACCACAUAACCUAUUCAAUAUGCUUAAACAACAACAUCACCUAUUCAAUAUGCUUAAACAACUGCCCAAUAUGUACCAACUACUUAGAGCCAAUAUAUGACAGUUCCAGUAGCAAAUUCCUAAUUUAUUCCAUAACCCUAUUCAACUACCACAUAUGGAGCUCCAAUCACAACCUAUGGUUAAGUGACAUAGAAUUCAGCUUAUUUACCAGCAACCACAUAUGGAUAAACCGGAGUUGGAUAGGUUACUACAACAACAUAAUAGUAUUCUACUGGAUGGUAAUAAGUAUAUCCAGCAUCAACAGGAAAUGUUUAACCUUAAUUGCAAUAGUAAUAAGUAGGUCAAUUGCUAAAACCAGGAUAGAGUCCUAAGUACGCAUGAU